GGCGCCGCUGUUCGCAACCCAAGCAGUAGCCGAGCCAACGAAGGCGUGCGAGCGGAGGCAAUCAUACAUGGACGGCAGCCGCAAGAGGGUGGACGCGGAAGACGUCAAAGGGGAUUCCACCGGCGGGAAGCGAUUGCGAGCAUCGGAGUCAUUUCAAAGUGGCGUAGGAAGCAAAGUGAAGCUAUGCACCAAUUUUUUCAGUACUUAUGGUUGUCCCUUUGGUGAGGGCUGCCAUUUUGUCCAUUACUUCCCUGGUGACUACCGGGCCGUUUCAGAAAUGACCAACCUGGGUGGCGCAACAAUCGCACCUCCUGGAGGAAUGAUGAUGGAUGGGCCACCUACACCCAUCGUGAAGACUCGCUUGUGCAACAAGUACAACACUGCAGAGGGAUGCAAAUGGGGGGACAGAUGCCACUUUGCACAUGGUGAAAGUGAGCUUGGCAAGUCUAUGAUGGACAACUAUAUGCCACCCCCCAUCGGACCACCACCAACCGGUUAUUUUGCACCUCCACCUAUGGCACCUCCACCUAUGGCGCCUCCACCCAUGGCACCUCCACCUAUGGCACCUCUACCUAUGGCGCCUCCACCCAUGGCACCUCCACCUAUGGCGCCUCCACCCAUGGCACCUCCACCUAUGGCGCCUCUACCUAUGGCGCCUCCACCUAUGGCACCUCCACCUAUGGCACCUCCACCCAUGGCGCCUCCACCCAUGGCACCUCUACCUAUGGCGCCUCCACCCAUGGCACCUCCACCUAUGGCCAACCCUGGUUUGGCCACUCCAGCUAGCUUCGGCGCUUAUGCCACGGCCAAGAUCAGUGUCGAUGCGUCCCUUGCAGGUGGCAUCAUUGGGAAGGGUGGAGCUAACAUAAAGCAAAUAUCUUCCGUCACAGGGGCCAAGGUGGUCAUUCAGGAGGACCGCCAUGAAUCAGACACCAGCUUGAAAAACAUUGAGUUUGAGGGCACCUUUGAUCAGAUCAGGAACGCUAGUGCUAUGGUCAUCGAGCUGAUUGUUAGCAUCAGUGGCAUAGGAAGCAACUUCAAGACCAAGAUGUGUGAGAACUUCGCAAAAGGGUCAUGCUCUUAUGGCGGCAAAUGCCACUUUGCCCAUGGUGAGAGUGAGCUGCGCAAGCCUGCCGCUGCUUGAGAUCCAUGCCCUGUUUCUUACCUCAUAGUCAUUAGUCAAUGUAACUCAAAACUUGGCCUCUGAUGAUGGAUUUGUUGGCUUCUUUAGGUCUACGCUAAUGAAUUGCUGGCUUCAGGCCUACUACUAAAUUUGCUGACUUCUUUAGUCCUUCGCUGUUGGCCAACUAAAUCUGUUUUCUGCGUUUGUUCUUGAAUGUUCUCCUAUGAUCUAAUCCUCUAUUUAGGUUCAACCAGAGAAGUGUUGAUGCUGAUGAUUUGCA